GCAUUAAAGUAACAAAAUCCAAUGCUUUUUUAAUGCUUUCCCUUGUCAUUGUUGCUCUUCAUGUUCAGAAUUUCUCAGCAGUUUAGUGGUAAAAGUCUUUUAGAUUUGUUGGAUAUCUGAUCAGUGAAUGGGUUCAGAAGGGUCUUCAAAGGUGACAAUCCAUGUAACUGGAUUUAAGAAAUUCCAUGGAGUGUUUGACAACCCAACAGAAACAAUUGUGUGUAAUCUUAGAGAGUUUAUGGAGAAGAAAGGUUUCCCAAAAGGUCUUGUGCUUGGGAGUUGCAAUGUUCUUGAGGUUGCUGGAGAGGGAGCAGUUGCAGCUCUCUAUCAAGUUCUAGAGUCUGCUGUUACUGACCUUGAUGUUGAAUCUUUGGAAACAGAGCAAGUUAUAUGGCUUCACCUUGGAGUAAAUAGUGGCGCAACAAAGUUUGCUAUUGAGAAUCAAGCAAUCAAUGAAGCUACAUUUCGUAGUCCAGAUGAACUAGGAUGGAAGCCACAGAGAGUCCCAAUUGUUCCUGAAGAUGGAUGUUUAUCACGAACUCGAGAGACUUCUCUUCCUGUAGAUGAAAUUGUUAAGGCCUUGGUGAACAUGGGCUAUGAAGUAAUACAUUCAAACAACGCCGGUCGGUUUGUUUGCAACUACGUCUACUAUCAUUCUCUCUUGUUCGCAGAGAGGCACAAAAUCAAGUCAAUCUUUGUACAUGUUCCUCUUUUUUAUACAAUCAAUGAAGAACAACAGAUGCAGUUUGUUGCUUCACUCUUGGAAGUGUUGGCUUCAUUGCAUUAGAGCAUGAGCUGUUAAUUGUGAUGUUUGUGUAUAUUCCCAAUGUAUGUAUAUUGGUAUCGAAGCGAAAUAAACGCGUGCUUGUUUCUUGGAUUGCAAA